AUGACUACCUCUUCAAAUGACGAAGAUGAACUUGUAGAGGGAAUAUCCAAUCUAGAGCUUGAGACUUCCUACGAGUGGCUGGAAGAUAAUCCUUUGCAAGAUCAUGAAGCUAAUGAUUACUUAAAUAAAGACUUUAAUGGCCUGAUCAGCUGUUCAAACAAAUACCCAGUCACCGAAAAAUGGAAACGGCAGCAUAAAAUUGAUCUUCAAAAAGUUUCCAGUGACCUUCCCAGUUUUAUACAAGAGACGAAACAGAACGAGACCCAGUCUGAUGAUGACCAGGAACAGGAAAAAGCUCUAAAAAAAUAUAGAUAUAUAGCUAAGCCUUUACCUGGUAUCAUGACAUAUAAAGAUUUUGAGGAGCAGAAUCUCGAUGUCAACGGAGACAUGCUAAAAGUGAGUGUCCCUGGACGUAAGAAAACGUUCUUAGAAGAAUGGAUUUUUAUUCCUUCAUAUAUGCGCGCAAACUGUGGUCUUUUUGACUGGAGUGAAGCGGGCAUAGAUGAAGAAAUCACCAUUAGAAUAAUUGUAGUACGACCAAGUGAGUUUGAGGAAUAUCAGAAGCAUUGUGGUAAUUAUUUGCCCAUCAUUAGUCUCCCAGACAACGAAAAAGGGGUCGGGUACGCAAGGUACUGGAUUCAAAAGAUCGCAACUUCACUGGGCCUCGAGUAUAUUUGGAUGAUUGAUGAUGAUGUAAAACAGUUUUAUGAAGUUCACCCAGAACGUAAACCACCAGGAAAUAAAUACGAUUCACGUCGCCGAAGAUUCGAUGGAGUUUUUACGAAAUUUGAAAGCAUCGUUAAAGCAAAUGAGGGGAACAAUUUAGUUGCAAUAAGUCCAGUAGUUUUCAACCCAUUUAAUUUAAAAAACGAAGAAGCCUUUGUGCGUAAGCCUCCUAGAGCUGCAGUAUUCCUAAAUCUAAAGCUCAUUAAUGAAAAAGGCGUUAGUUAUCGCCCUCAGCUUGUAAGGUUUGAGGACAUGUUUUUCGGUAAAGAAUGCGAGGGAAAAAACCUCAAAGUGAUAAUGUGGCGACGAGUUCAAAUUUACUGCAUGAAUUGGAGAAAAAAAGGAAGUGGUUCGCCUGGUGUUGGUGGUGGUGAUGGUGGUGGUGGUGAUGGUGGUGUCCCCCCUGCUCCCCUCCUUAAGCUAGUGCUCCUCCCCUUCAUUAUUCUCGUCCUCCUCCUGCUCCUCCUUUUUUUCGUCUCCCCGUCCUUGUUCUGCUCCUCGUCCUCCUAA